AUGAAUGUGGUGGGAACGCCAGACGAGGAGUUUUUGGCGAAAAUUCAGUCUGAAGAAGCUAGGAACUACAUCAGGUUAGCGAAUUUGCCCAGGAUGCCUCGCAAAGAUUUUAGAAGGUUGUUCUCGACGGCUAGUCCGGCAGCAGUUGACUUGCUAGAGAAAAUGCUUCAGCUUGAUCCCGAUUACAGACCGACGGCUGCAGAAGCUAUGGAGCAUGAAUACCUUGCUGCGUAUCACGACGAGACGGACGAGCCGGUUGCUGAAGAGCUGGACCUUGACGAAGGAGUGGAGACAACCAACAUAGAUGAAUGGCGGCGGUUGAUUUGGGACGAAAUUGAGGACUUUGCCGUGAGUAGUUGAGA